AUGUCUAAUGCACAUAUGAGGGAAACGUUAGAAAAUGAGAUAGCGUCAGCAUAUAAUGAAUAUUUAGAAGCGUGUGAUGGACUGUGCACUUGCUUGCAGAAAAGUUCUAUAUCUAUGACAAGAAGUUUACUGUCACUGAAAUCUACAGAAAGGGAUGAAAUAAGGUUUGCAUUGAUGGAGAAUCCGCGGCUUGCUCUUUAUUGCACCAGUUCACAGGCUGAUGGAGACAUGAAGUUGAAUUUGAAAAGUAUUUUGCCGACAAAAGAGAAGAAGCAGAGCGGUAGGAGGAAAAAAGUGAAUCAGAAGGAGAAUGAAAAGGAAGAUAGCAAUGUAUUACACAGUCGAAUUGAAGAGAAAGGCAAACUCGGGGAUGGUGAAGGAAGAAACGAAGGAAGUGCAAAAGAAAGUAAGAAGACGCUGAAGGUGAUUGAUCCAAUCAAACUAGUCCAUGGUGGAUUUGCCUCAUUGACCGUACGAGAAAGCCAAAAAGAUGCGAGUGCUUCGAUAGUACAGAUACUAAAGGUAGCGAAUGCGAAAAGGAGGGUAGUGGAUUUACUUGAUAGAUACAGCAGUGUGCCGACUUGA